AGGCCCUUCGCGCCGCGCGCCUCUGAGUUUCGCUGGCCCGGGCUGAGGAGGCGGGCGCGCGCGCGCGUGCGCUCUCCCCUCCCCUCUCGCCAGCCAGCCUUGACGUUGCUCGGCUGCGGCCGCAGAGAUGUGGGACCAGACUGGAUGUGUUUGCCCUGAGGAGCUGCAACCAAGCAGCAAGAAUUGCAAGCAGGAUUCCAGUGACAGGAAAGAAAGCAAUAAUUACACCAGCACGCUCAGAGAGUUGGCUCAGAUGUUGCCCGUCCCUUUACGGACCAGCUCUAAAAGGUUGACAAAGAAAGAAAUUCUUCUCCGGGUUCUCCGGUAUAUUGAACACCUGCAGACCAGCAUUCAUAGUGCCAGAUCACUGCUCCAACACCGCUGUGGGGAACAAAAAGCAGGAGAAUCUGAGCAGAUGAGCCCAUCUGCCCUGAAAAGAAGGAGAAGAGAAACCACCCCACGUGGAAAGAAAACCAAGGCUCCAGUUGUCUGCAAGAAACCCAGGAAGGCAAGACGCAUCCCGAAAUCAGAGCGGAGAGGAGCAAGCAAGAAAGCGUGCAAAUGCCUUCCUCUUGAACCGGAGGAGGACUUUUUCCCAACUGAUCCACACAGAGAAGAGAGCCUGUCCAAUGCAGAAGAUGCAUCCUCCGUUCCUUCACUCUCCCAAAAGCAAUACCCUUUCCUUCCUAGCUUCCAAGAUCCAGGGCCAGCAGCUCACUGGCCUCCAAGCACUAACUUUUGGGAUAUCACCAAAAACAGAGCCCCGUUCUGUGCUUCAGACUGGCACUUGGGCAGCGGCUCAGAGGAAAUCAAGGACAGAGAUGUGUUUUCUGCAUGCGUGGCACAAAUGGCUUACGAUGAGCUGCGUCACCACGCUGAGGGACGUGGGCAUUUGCUGAUGGGGCAGGAGCUGGUGUGUUACUAUUCCUCCUGUGAGGAAGAAGAGGACGAAGUGUCAAGGGCCAGCCCCUGGCUCUCCACCCAGUCUCCUGUGGGCAUCUCCCAUGGAAGUCUGCUGCUCUGUUCUCCCAGUGUUGGGGCCCAAAGUAACACUUGCUCGGAUUUGGGACUGAGCCCCUCACUUUUCUCCUCACCAGGUCGGCUGCUCCCCAAGCAUGUCUUGCAAGGGGGUCAGGAGGAGCUUUCUCCAGUAUUGUUUGAAGACGUAUAUCUGUCCCCACAGACCUUUUCAGGAACCCUGCUGAGAAAAUCGGCUUUCACACUGGACCACUGCUAUCUCUCCUACAGCGAAAAGGGUAGAAGCGAUUCCAGCCCCAUCUCAACUACCAACGAGACGUCUUCCAGGAACAAACAAUUCCUUCAGGAGGGGGCUGCCCAUACCAGGCCCGAAUGCCUCAGGUCCUCGAGUGAUGAGAACAGCGAUAGCACCUGGACACCUUGCAGGAAAGUGAAACCAUUGCAGGCGUUACGUAAGAAGAAGAAGAAAAAGAAGAAGAAAGUGGGAAGGAGGCAGAAGCGCCAGCCGAUGAGCUGUGAAAAACGCAACAACGCCUCUCCCCUGCAGCUCAAGAAGAAAUGUGUCAACGGCUUCAUCAUGUUUUGCCGCCUGAACCGCAAGCACUACAUCCGCGCUUGCCCGGGCAUGGCCUCCACAGCUGCUACGCGAGAGCUGGCUCAGCUGUGGCGCAUGAUGACGAAGCAGGAGCGGAAGCCGUAUUGCAUGAAAGCCCGAAGAUUCAGCCGCCUGAACAAUCGCAUCGUGAGGGAUGACUUCUCCAGUGAGGAAGAAGACCUGGAGCCCCCUAAACCUUUUCAUCUGCUUUUGGCUGAGAAAUCCCUCUCUGGCACCCAGAACUUUGGGGACCUUUCUUUGCUUGAGCUCAUUCCCUGAACCAUCACACCAUAAAAGGGUAAUAGCUUAUUUAUCCACUAGAAAGAUGGCUCCUCCCCCAGGUCUGUUUAUGAUAGUGUGUGAGUUUUAACUUGAGGGGCUGUCAGCUUUAAUGUUCACCUUCCCACUUUUCAAGAGUGCUCCAGAUGAGAGGGACUCCAUAGGGUGGUGUGGGGUGUGUGUGUGUCAGUGGGUGGGUCAUAAUUCCUUUAAUGUUAGCAUUAAAAUAUACGCUUUCCCCCAUUCACGGCUCCUAUUUGCUGAUUACACAUCAUCUUCCCUCCCUUACUAGUGUGACAUGAACUGCUCCAUCUCCAGCUCACCAAAGGCUUGUUCCUUUAGACCAGUUCCUUUAGGCUAGUUCCUUUAGACUUCAAACUAUGGC